GAAGAAGAAAAAAAACCAAACUGUGUUUUCAACAUGGCGCGGGAAACCUGUGCUGAAACGGACAUGGAAACCAACGGAACAGCGGAGGAGGAAACAAAUUGUUUCUCUUCGUCGUCUUUAAAACUUUAUGAGGCCCAGUUUUUCGGCUUCACCCCGCAGACCUGCAUGUUGCGGAUCUACAGCGCCUUCCACGACAGCCUGAACGACAUUGUGCCAGUAGUGGAGGAGGUUUGUGUCAGGAAGUUGAGGAAAGGCCAGUCGGACAAGGGUGAGGAGCAGCUCCGGUCCAAGGCCAGAGAGUGUAGCCGCCGGCUGCAGCAGUUCAUGGAGAAGCGCUUUAAACAGCUGUCAGAACGGAUGGAGGCGCUGCUCGUGAGCCGGUGCUUCACCGUUCCGCCAAAUGUCCUCCUGCCUGAGGACCAGUGCCACAAGAAAUACCCUCAAGACAUCCAGGAGAUUCUCAAGCUUGAAUCGUCCAUGGCGGACCUCCAUGGAGCCUAUGAAGCAGAGGUUUGUGCCAGACAGGCUCUGCUAGCUGAGCUGGAGGAGCAGAAGGAGGUGCAGAAGCAGAUGGACGGGAUCCUGGAGUGGGUCAUGGAGCUCCGAGCAGCCUGGGUGAAGGAUGGCAAUGGAAACUUCCAGGAAAGUUUCCAGCUGGCAAUGAUGUCCAUAAAGAAGCUGCAGGAGGCUGUUGAGCAGGUUCUGGUCUGCAGCAGAACUCUCAAGUGAGCUUAUGUGUGAGGGGCUGAUGUAAAAAAUAAACCAGACGAGUCAAUGUAAGAAAUAUGGAGAGUUUCUCCUUUCUAUGGCUUUGUAAUUGUUAUGUGAUUUGCUGUUUGUGGACACUUGUUUUUAUUUGUGAACUUCACAUUAAACACCCCGGUCUGGGAAUGCAGACUUCUGUUAUAUCCAGCAGAUGGCGAUCUUUGCAGCCACAUCUGGACUCAGUUUGGGAAAAGUACCCAGCUGGAAAGAAGAGGUUUGUCUAAAGUGAUAAAUGUGAUAAACAGAUACAUUUAGCUUUUAUUUGGUUAUUUCUGUUAUCACAAAUGAAUAUUAUUAAUAUUUUACAGUUAAAAUGAUCAUUAACUGGGGUGGUGACAAUUUUCCCGUCAUUCAUUUUCAGUGUUUUCAGAGAAGCACAUUUUUUGUUCACCUGUUAACUCUUUUUGUAAAAUGCAAAAAUAUUUUCUUUCCAAAUUAGUUAAAACAGCUAUUUCAUAAUUCUUUUGUAUUGUUUGUACUUCCACAGAACUGGUCCAACAGCGAGGUUAACUGUUUGAGCCUUGAUGCUAAUUUUGCAGAAGUUUAACCUUUUCAACUUUUGCCUUUAACUGAUUAUUUGACUCUAUCAGAAAACUCUUCACCCUGAGCCUUUUUCAAAACUAACAAACUAAAGGCCUUCUUUGUUUAUCUCUCGUUUCUUCAUAGAAACAGGUUUGUUUAGGGUUUGUGUUCCAAAGAGGCCAUGCACCAAUUAACCUGGUAUACUUUCUGACCAGUAGGGGGCAGCAUGUAUUUGUUCUCAGUUUCCUGCCCAUCUUGUUUUCCCUGUGAACUGCCCCACCGUGGCUAAUGUUAAAAUAAAUAAAAUACACUUCAUUUGA